AUCCUGAAAUUCAGUAAUGGCGGACGUUACUGAUUUCAAGCGUUGUUUUUUGUGAGGUUAAGUGUUAGAAUAAUGGAAAGAGUGUAAAAUACUUUGCAUGAAAGGACACGUUAAGCGCUUCUCUAAUAAAAAUGGAGAAAUACUCUCGCAGGACAGAUUACGAGAGAUCCAGAAAAGAAGACAAAGAUCGUUAUAGACGUAAAGAUAGAAUUUCACGUAGGAACAAUGACAGCGAUUAUGAAAGUCGAUCAAGAAGUUCGAAAUCAAAACACAAACAUUCGAAAAAUUCGAGUGAAAAAUAUAAAAAGUCUAAGCAUAGGGAAUCUUCUGAAUCACGAGAGUCUCGUAAAAAAUUAUCGAAACGUAAAAGCAGGAAAAGAUCAACAUCGUCGUCAUCUUCAUCCUCUUCAAAUUCAAGUGAAUCCAAUAGCUCAUCCUUUUCUGAUUCUUCAUCUGAUUCUACCAAGCUCUUAGAAAAGCUUCAAAAACAACGUCAAAAACAACUCGAAGAAAGGAAACGUCAGAAGGAACUAAUGAAAGCUACUGAAACACCAGAAGAAAAGAGAUUAAGGCGUUUAAAAAAGAAAGAAGCUAAAGAACGUAAACGUAAAGAGAGAAUGGGAUGGGAUAAUGAUUACUUGCAUUACACAAAUACAGAUAAUCCUUUUGGUGAUGGAAAUUUACUUUCCACAUUUGUGUGGUCUAAAAAACUUGAGAAAGAGGGUCUCCUAGGUGUCAGUAGAGAGGAAUUAGAAAUUAGGAAUAGGCAUAAACAAGAAGAGAAUAAAAGAGAGUUAGAGAAAGUUAAAAAAAGAAGACAGGAAAGAGAAUUAGAAAGACAACAAAGGGAAGAAGAAAUGACCAUGCUGCAAAGAGGAAAAGAGGCUGCCCAGUUAGAACAAUGGGCAAGGCAGGAGGAUCAAUUUCACUUAGAGCAAGCUAGAUUGAGAUCUCGUAUUAGAAUACAAGAUGGUCGUGCUAAGCCAAUCGAUCUUCUUGCAAAAUAUAUUAGCGCAGAAGAGGAAGUAGAUGCUGUUGAAAUGCACGAACCUUAUACAUACCUACGUGGUCUACAUGUAAAAGACUUAGAAGAUUUAAUUGAGGAUAUUAAAGUGUAUAAAGAAUUGGAGCGUGGUAAAAAUUUGGAUUACUGGAAUGACAUUACAGUAAUUGUAGAAGAUGAGCUACACAAAUUGAGGAAGCUAGAAAGAUCAGAGUACGAAGUUGCUGUCGGUAGAAGAGAAGGAAUACAUGAAUCGGUAGCUAAAGAUGUGACUGCCAUUUUUAAAGGAAAGACAGCAGCACAGUUGGAAGCAUUACAGUUACAAAUCGAAGCAAAAAUCACAGGAAAGCCAGAAGGUGUAGAUAUUGGAUACUGGGAGAGUCUUUUAUCUCAGUUGAAAGCGCAUAUGGCGAGGGCACGGUUGAGAGAUCGACAUCAAGAAAAUCUGCGCAAAAAGUUAGAAGUUUUAAUUGCUGAACAGGGUGUUUCGAGAACAGAAAAUGAACCCGAAGAUUCGCAAGUAGUUAGCGACGCACCCGUUGAACAGACAGAAAAGCAAGAUGAGCCAUCUACUAAUGUAGUCACAGAAAAGAGUGAAGAGAGCCAAUCGGAUGAUGAGCAAGAAACAACUAAUGCAGCUGAUGAUUUAUUGUCAGAGUCCUUCUGUGAAUACGAAUCAGGAGGAUAUUCUCCAAAAUAUAUACCGUAUUCGCAGCUCGAACCGGGGACAUUAGUUACUUUAGAAGAAGACGAUAAUCAACGGUUAGAGUAUGCGAGAAAUCAAGUACUCAGUACUGGGCGAAAGAUUCAGAAUGUAAUGACAGCUGAGGAGCAAGCGAUGCAUAGAGAAGCACGGAAGAAUAUGGGUUCCGACGAAGCACAGUUUAGUGUCGAAUCGUCUUUAGAAGCACAGAUUUACUUAUGGUCUGACAAAUACAGACCUAGAAAGCCGAGAUAUUUCAAUCGAGUACACACCGGUUUCGAAUGGAAUAAAUACAAUCAAACGCAUUAUGACAUGGACAAUCCACCUCCGAAAAUUGUUCAAGGUUACAAGUUUAACAUAUUUUAUCCUGAUCUUAUAGACAAGAACACAACGCCCGAGUAUUUUUUGAGCUCGAUUGGUAAAAAGGAGGAACGACCUAAAACCGCGAACCUCGAGAAACCGAGUGUCCUGGACCCGAAACUGGUCGACAAACUCGACAUGUCUUUGCUGAGCAAGGAGUUGCUCAGUGACUCAAUGACGCGGUUCCGGUACACCAAGACAAUUAGUGGGGGAGUGUCGUCGAGGUGUAAAGAAGUUGUGACCACCGGCGAGCAACAACAACAACAGAGACCGAUGUCAAACAGUGUAGCGGCAACGUGGAGCAACGGUCUCAGCUCUCAGCGUCAAAAGCGGCGUAGCUUCGAGCAGAUUCUCGACUUGAGACUCGGACAGUUGGACGUCACCGCGGAAUCACCGAGGAUGCAGAAACAGGCGCGUACCACCGGCCAGGACGUUGCUGCGUUGAAGAAGGGCAACGACAACAGAAAAUUGGACGACAACAACAACAGAAAUGGAACGACCCACAAAGUUUCCUCCCUCUCUACGCUGAAGAAGAAGAGUUCAAGGCCAACGAUACAAAACGAUCUGGAGGUGUUCACGUCCGCGUCCACGAAAGGCGCACCGGAGCCAUGCAAAAGCUGCGGGAAACCGGAUCAGCCGGAACGUUUCCACAGUCAUCCGAAGGCCACGCAGCAGAAGUUGAAAGAGGGUCCUACGAGCUCAAAGACGAAGGCGUCGCUGCCGAAAUCUGUGCAGAAACCUGUCGCCUUGAACUUUCGCAGCGACAAGUGCAAGAAUAAAGCCGAGGAAGUGGCUCAGGAGGCGAAGCUCAAAUCUGAUUGUCCCCAAGGGCACGUUAGCCCACCGAGCAGACCGUCCUCCGCGCCUAUCAAGAAAGGACCAAGGACUAUCACUUGUUACAUUUGUGGACGCGAAUUUGGCACGGCCAGUUUCCCUAUUCACGAGCCCAGAUGCAUGCAAAAAUGGGAGCGUGAAAAUAAUUCGUUGCCCGCGAACCAAAGACGCCCGACACCUCAAAGGCCUGAUGUCGCGAUCGAUCACUCAGAUUGGAAUACAGCGGCAUGGGAAAAGAGCCAGGAGCAACUGAUUCCGUGUCCCAAAUGCGCGAGAACGUUCCUCUCGGAACGGCUUCCGGUGCACCAGAGAAGCUGCAAAGGUUCGCUCAAGAACUCCGACACCGAGAAGUCGGAGAACUCGCUACAGGAGAAGUCUGCCGGUUCGUCGCGGUCAAGACCGCCAACGGUCGCUUGCCAAAAUUGUGGCCGAAACUUCGGCACAAAGAGCAUUAAGAUACACGAGCCACAAUGCGUCAAACGGUCCCAAGUGGAGAAUGUGAAGCAAUCGGCCAAUCGAAGGGGAGAAUCACAUGGCCAAACGAAAUUAGAAACCGUCAGCAUGCAAGAACUUUCGAAUAGUCCGACGGGGGAUCAGCAAAAGAGGACGGUCACGUGCUACAUAUGCGGUAGAGAUUUCGGAUCGAGCAGUGUGGCCAUUCACGAACCGCAAUGUCUAAAAAAAUGGCACGCGGAGAAUGAGAAGCUACCGCCUGGUCAAAGGAGGAAAGAACCACAGAAACCGGAAGUUCUCUAUACUCGUGAUCCAGAAUCAGGGAACAUGGUAGUGGAUGUGAUGGCAAUGGCAGAGGCCAACUGGAAAUCGCACUUGAAUCAAUUGGUUCCGUGUAAGCAUUGCGGAAGGACAUUUAAUCCUGAUCGUGUAACCGUUCACGAACGCAGCUGCAAGGGAAAUCGCUAAAAUUACACUGCUUAAAAUAGUUGUAAUCGAUUUAAAGAAAAAAUUGAUUCAAGAACUCUCGUUAGUUUCUCUGAUAACUGUAAGAGUGGCGAUCCUUAAAUUUUUUUCUUUACAAAUUAAAUCAAUUCUUUCUUUAAGCCAAUGGUAGAAGAAUCACGUUUUGAGUUUUUAAUAUACCUACCAGGAAAGAAAAUACUGUACACUUAACGUAUCUUGAUUCUCUAUUGAAUAUUUUAUCGAUAGGUGAUCCUUUAUAUUUUUUAUGCAAUGUAAAUAACUCGUAUAAUUUUUAUAUCUUUCUAUCUUAAAAGUGCAAUGCACAUGUGCACACACUACAUUGAAAAGAAGUUACAGUUGUAAUUGGUAAAUAAUGUGCUUUCAAGAAAAUGAAUCAUUUUUCUUUUUAUUAGUUUUUUAUAACGUUCAUAUAUAUUAGAAGUAUAAUAAUUUCAUAGUCUAGUCUAUGUGUAAAUAAUAGACGGACGUAAUGUUCAUUGCACCGUCUUAAACAUCCUUAAUAUUGGAUAUUUUAUAGGAGAACGCACAACCAUCACUAUUUUCGUAGUAUAUGUGUAAUUACUGAAUUGAGUCAUAAAUAAUUUCCAGUAGAAGUUAAUUUAAUAUUAUUAUGUAUUAAUGUAAUAUUAAAAUAAAUUUGCGAAAAAUAAAACGGAAGUUGUUUAUGACUUAACGCAAUCUAAUAUAUCUUUUGUACACAUGUCUUCGUAGAAUAGAUAUAGAAUUGUUAUUAUCAAAUAAGCUAUAAUAUUUUGUAUGAGUUCCUUGUCGACUAUCAAAAAAUAAGACACUAACGUGUAGCGAUAA